GAUCACGUGAUCUGUCACCUGACAAACGAUCGUCAAAGCAGGAAAUGUAGCUAGAAAACGAGCGAGUGUAUUUUCACCAAUCAAAAAUACAUCAUGCACUCUUUAUGUAGUGGCUUAAAUCAUUUAUUAAGGCUGUGGAUUGUCUGCGUUUCUCUUUUCAAAAACCAUGGGUUCGCAGGUAAAAUGAAAAUAGUCGAGGAGCCAAACACAUUUGGAUUGAACAAUCCCUUUCUGGCCCAGGCAAGCAGACUACAGCCUAAAGUAACCCCAUCUCCAGUGUCUGGCCCAGCACAUCUUCACCGGCUUGCUGGAAAGUGCUUCAGUUUCACUGAGUCAACAUAUAAAUAUGAAUUCUGUCCAUUUCAUAACAUUACCCAACAUGAGCAGUCCUUCAGAUGGAAUGCCUACAGUGGGAUACUGGGGAUCUGGCAGGAAUGGGAAAUAACAAACAACACGUUCACAGGCAUGUGGAUGAGAGACGGGGAUACGUGUGGAACCAGAAACAGGGAAACAAAGGUGAUUCUUGUCUGCAGUGCAAGCAGCAAGCUUGCUCAAGUCUCAGAGCCCAGUACUUGUGUGUACUCAGUCACCUUUGAGACUCCACUUGUUUGUCACCCACAUUCUCUUUUAGUGUACCCGACACUGAGUGAGAAGCUGCAGACGGAGUGGGAUGAAGCUGAGCAGGCUCGUUAUGAAGAGCUUAUUACUGAGCAGGGAUACAACAAUCUUUUGAGGGAUAUUUUUGAGGAUGCUGGUCUCCUGAAGAGCCAAAAAGUUAAGAUAAAUCCACCAGAAGUUGCACCUGAUUCAGGAACUCACAGCUCUUUACAGAAAUGUACAGAGGAUUUCCAAAAACAGAGAGAGGAAAUUGAGAGACUGCAUGCACUCCUCACUCUACACAAUAUUCCUUUUGAUUCACAACAAAAUAAAGCAAAAAGCACUGCGAGUGUGACAGUUAAAAAUCAACACCUUCGUGGAGACGACGGCCUCUUUGAUCCGCAGUGAAAAUCUACGAGUCACCUUCUCCAUUUGUGUGGAUUGAGUAGCUCUGACAAAUUUGUUGGUCAGUGUCUUCAAACUCCUACUCCAUAUUUUUCACCUUUCCACUUUUGAAGUGGAUGCCUUGUGCUAGGCAGGGGCCACUACUAGAAAAUGGCUACAAGAUACGGACUCCAGACGGAUCUAACUGGAUUUUAAAAUAUGGACAGGAUAUAAAGCUUUAUUGUAUUAAAUAACUCAAAAGUGAUGUA